AUGGCGGACGCUUCAUGUAGUGGGCCGUCGCCAUUCAAGCGCCUCGUAGACCACCAGUCCCGAGAUGUCAGCCAUCACCAGGAUCGCCUAGUCGACCGUUCCGCCGGCCAGCCUCACGGUUCCUUCCGAUCUGUUCGUCACGAAUCCCCAGGACAAGACAGCUUCGGCGCCUUCAUGGACGCAACACCAUCCACCAUCCCCGGCAUGUCUCAUGACCCAGCGAAUCGCCUAGCCGUCCACGCCGCUGCUCUUCAACAACCUGUCGCACCGUUGCACCAUCCGGAGCUAUCGCAACAAGCCAGAGCAUCCCCUGUAUCUGACGUGAGCAACUGGGCAGCCGACUUCAAUCGCUUCUCCAGCCAACAGAUGCGCUCUCCUCCAACCACCGCUCCCUCACUGCCUAUGCAAAUGAAUCAACACCCGAUGCAAAUGAAUUUCCAGUCCGCCUUUGGCCAAGCAUUCGGAGGCCCCAUGUAUGGUCCCGGCGCAGCUGGUUUCAUGGGACCCCAAGCCCCCGUUGAAGCUGAUUUCGACAAAGAAAUGUCCCAAUGGAUGUCCAACCACGGUGGUGGAAACAUGUCCGAAGUCGACGCUGUAAUGGAGCAAAUGGCCCGCGAGCUUGAACUCAACGAAGCGACUCUUCCUGCCCAGGCGGAAUCUACGGCUCCCCAAGAAAUCCUACAAGUAGAAUCGAGUUCACGCUACACAGAUCUUGAAACACCUGAGAUUGGCAACUUAUCGCUCCAAGAGCGGGAGGUAGACCACCUCCCGGCGGCCGAAGUAGAACAAGUAAUCCACGACGAGGCCGCAGCUAAAGGGAAAUCUGCCGUCUCGGAAGCAGCAGAGCGCCUCCUCGAAUCAGUGCAGCAUGAAAACGGCGAAAAGUGGCAAAACUCGGUAUUUUUAUCUCUCAUGCGGGACUUCCGAGAUGGUCGGAAGGACAUUGUCGACAAUGAGAUCCGCGCAAUGCAGGAUGAAGAGCAGCCGUCGGACCACCAGCAGCCAACGACAUGA